UGUCGUUCAGAAGGUAUAUCUCCAUCAUUCAUAUCAUCAACCCUUUUAUCCUUCUCUCUCUCUCUCUUCGCCGAACCCAUUCGCUUCUUCACUCUCAGACCUAAAUUCGAAGGGCCACUUUUCUCACUUUCCGUUCCUCUUGUGAUUUUCGAUCACUUUCAGAUCUCAAUUGCAAUCCAGGCCUUGCCGAUCAUCAUUUCGCACUGCAGAUCUCGAUUUUCCUCUGCGCGAUCCCUCUCCAUUUCACUUUAAUUCCGAAUUUUGCUGAUCUUGGGUUCCCUCCCUCCACUCCUCAUUUUCAUGUUCUUCUUCGGAUCGCAAUUCUCCCCUCAUACGUGUGUAAACAGAUCUUGAAAAUUGGCGCCCCAAAGACGGUCGCAGCGCCACAUGGGUGGCCAGAUGCAGCAGAACAAUGCUGCAGCCACCGCUCUGUACGACCACGCCGCCGGUGGUUCCCUGCACAAUGCGGCAGGACCUGCCACCGAUGCAGGCGAUGCCGUUAUGGCAAGGUGGCUGCAGUCCGCCGGCCUGCAGCAUCUGGCCUCGCCCUUGGCCUCCACAACCGCUAUCGACCAACGCCUCCUCCCCAACCUCCUCAUGCAGGGUUAUGGGGCACAAUCCGCAGAAGAGAAGCAGAGGCUUUUCAAGUUGAUGAGAAACCUCAAUUUUAAUGGGGAGUCUGGUUCAGAGCCAUAUACACCCACUGCACAAAGCUUUGGUGGAGUGGCCGCAUCGGAAGGGUUUUAUUCUCCCGAGUUCCGGGGGGAUUUUGGAGCUGGGCUUUUGGAUCUUCAUGCUAUGGAUGAUACAGAGCUUCUGUCCGAGCAUGUUAUUUCAGAACCCUUUGAGCCAUCUCCCUUCAUGGCUGGAGGUACCGGAGUAUUUGGAGAUGACUUAAAUCCAAUUACCAGCAAUCAGGAACGUGGAGAGGCAGAUGCUGAUGCAUCAAGUUUUCUACCUGUAAAUGAAAAGGAGAAUAGUACAAGAGAAAAUAAUGUUGCUAAGAUCAAAGUUGUGGUACGCAAAAGACCUUUGAAUAAGAAGGAGCUUGCUAAGAAGGAGGAUGAUAUUGUAACUGUAUAUGACAAUGCAUAUUUGACAGUCCAUGAACCCAAGUUGAAGGUUGAUUUGACAGCUUAUGUGGAGAAGCAUGAGUUUUGUUUUGAUGCUGUUCUUGAUGAGAAUGUUAGCAAUGAUGAAGUAUAUCGAGUUACAGUUGAGCCAAUUAUUCCUACAAUUUUUCGGAGGACCAAAGCUACCUGCUUUGCAUAUGGUCAGACAGGUAGUGGCAAAACAUACACAAUGCAACCUUUACCACUCCGAGCUGCCGAAGACCUUGUUAGACAGUUGCAUCAACCAGUUUACCGAAAUCAGAAAUUUAAAUUGUGGCUUAGCUACUUUGAAAUAUAUGGUGGAAAGCUUUUUGAUCUUCUGAGUGACAGAAAGAAACUCUGCAUGAGAGAAGAUGGACGCCAGCAAGUUUGUAUUGUAGGACUGCAAGAAUUUGAAGUUUCUGAUGUACAGAUUGUCAAAGAAUUCAUUGAAAGGGGGAAUGCCGCAAGAAGUACCGGAUCAACAGGUGCUAAUGAGGAGUCAUCCAGAUCACAUGCUAUCUUACAACUUGUUGUAAAGAGGCAUAAUGAGGUAAAAGAAGAUUGAAGGAGCAGAAAUCAAUAAGAGCCUUUUAGCUUUGAAGGAAUGCAUUCGUGCUUUGGACAAUGACCAGAUCCAUAUUCCUUUUCGUGGAAGCAAACUGACAGAAGUGCUCCGCGACUCAUUUGUUGGCAAUUCAAAGACUGUUAUGAUCUCCUGUAUAUCACCAAAUGCUGGGUCAUGUGAACACACACUUAAUACAUUAAGAUAUGCAGAUCGUGUGAAAAGUCUAUCUAAAAGUGGAAAUCCCAGGAAAGACCAAGCCCCAAGUCCAGUUCCACAAACAACUAAGGAGGUCUCAUCCACGUCAUCCUUUCCAGCUAGUGUUGCUGCAGAGGAAGUUAAUGAUCAACGUCAAGAGGUGAAGACAGUUGAUACGGGCAGGAGAGUGGUUGAAAAGGAAAAUUCAUUUUACAGCUCUGCUGCCGCUGAUGUUGACAGGCAACCACCAAGUUUUUCUUCAAGUAACUUGUUCAAUGGGCGAGAGGACAAAAGCUUGGCUUCUGUCUCAACUGACAGGGAGAGGGUUGAAAUGAAGAGUUCUUCUUACAGUGAUUCUACCAGUCAAAAGAUGAACUCUAAUUCCCAAAAUGACGUGAAUCAGAAAGUGCAAAAGGUGUCACCCCCACGCAGGAAAGGGACAAAGGAUGAGAAAUCUGAAAGGGCUGUAAACUGGAUGAAAAGGGAUGCCAAUGGUUCUGAUCAGUCGACCACAAGCUCCAAGCAGCAGAAUUCCGGGAAUUAUAAUACAGUUACAACUGCACCCAGGCAGUCUGAAACAGAAGCCUCUCCUGAUGGAAAUAUCAAUGCAAUACUUGAGGAAGAAGAAGCACUGCUUGCUGCUCAUAGGAAAGAAAUCGAGGAUACAAUGGAGAUAGUACGCGAAGAGAUGAAAUUAUUGGCAGAAGUGGAUCAGCCAGGAAGCCUUAUUGACAACUAUGUAACCCAGCUGAGUUUUGUUCUCUCUCGCAAAGCAGCUAGUCUCGUCAGUCUUCAAGCCCGGCUCGCAAGAUUCCAACAUCGACUAAAAGAACAGGAGAUACUAAGUAGAAAAAGAGUACCUCGUUGAGAGACCUGGUUUUAUUCAAUGAUGAUCAUGUGUAUGUUCUUGAUGUAAUUUGUUAGCAAAUAUAUAGUUUAAAGGUUUUUGUUCAUUUGAUAUCAGCGGAUCUUUCGUUGGAUAUUCAAAUUUAAUUCACUUAAAUGUAUAUUUGUCUCCUUGUGUGAUGUUACUUCGA